CAUUUUAGGAGAGAAAUGAGAGAGAAAAGCCGCUGAGCAGUGCUGCUCACGGCGGUGAAUCUGUGCGCUUUGGAGGCUCCACAAAGAAGGCGCAGCGAGCAGCAGAGCUCAACAUGACUUCAGUCUGAAGAGACACAAGUCCACUAUCUGCUCCUUCACUGUCAGCCUUCAGCACGGCUCCAUCUUUUAGUUUGGACUCUUUUAUCAGGGAGAGAAAACACAAGAGGCUCGGCUUUCAGACGACCCAGAGGAGACCCUGCCCGGAUUGAGUCUCUACGGUUCUCAUGGUGCGUUUAAGAGCAGCGUAUUGCUCAUUGAGCUUUAACGUAUCAGUCACUCCGUGCUGUGAACGACUCUACGAUUGAACUAUGGCAGAACAAGCACCAGCCCCAGCCGCCGCCCCGGCCAAGGCGGCCAAGAAGAAGGCUCCCAAGCCGAAGAAGGCCGGCCCCAGCGUCAGCGAGCUCAUCGUUACAGCUGUGGCCGCGUCCAAGGAGCGGAGCGGCGUGUCCGCGGCCGCCCUCAAGAAGGUCCUGGCUGCAGGAGGAUACGAUGUGGACAAGAACAAGGCCCGCGUCAAGACUGCUAUUAAGAGUCUGGUGGCAAAGGGCACUCUGGUCCAGGUUAAGGGAACCGGGGCCUCCGGAUCUUUCAAGAUGAGCAAGAAGGUCGCAGAGAAGAAGCCGGCUAAGAAAGUCGCUCCUAAAGCCAAGAAACCUGCAGCGGCCAAGAAGCCCAAGGCAGCGGCAGCUAAGAAGCCAGUAGCCGCUAAGAAAUCCCCGAAGAAGGUCAAGAAACCCGCGGCGGCAAAGAAAGCAGCCAAGAGCCCCAAGAAGCCCACAAAGAGCCCGAAGAAGGCUACAAAGAGCCCCAAGAAGGCCACCAAGAGUCCCAAGAAGGUGGUCAAGAAGGCUCCUGCAGCUAAGAAAGCCCCCGCAAAGAAGGUUGCCAAGCCCAAAGUCAAGAAGGUAGCAGCAAAGAAGAAGUGAGCUGGGACCACCGAAGAUCUUAAAACUAAAGGCUCUUUUAAGAGCCACCCACAUCUCAUACUGAAGAGAGGAGUCCUGUUCAUUCAUGUUACAUUUAACACAUUCUCUCAAUAACAGAGAUAUUGAUUCUUAUUCACUGAGCUCUAUGUCACCUCGUAGGCACAUUUAAUUUACAAACUUAUUGCAAUCACAGCAGACAUGACAAACAUGUAACAUCAACAGGCCUGAUUCAAUAAGUCAUGUUGAAAAACAAACCUUGUUCAGCAGCGUUCUUCUGACAGGACUUAAUCCAUCAGUUCAACAACAUGGCUGCUGUGAGCUUAGAAUAUACUAACAGAAAUCUACAACACACUGCUCCCAGUGCUCCUCAACCUCACACCAUCAUCCAAAUACAUUUAUCACAAGCAGAC